AUGACUCCGGACGCUUCCGUCCCCCCGGCCAUACUGCCCUCUCCCAACCCGCCAACACCACCUUCGUCGGCAGCCGCCUCCGCAGCACUCGACAUCGACAUCGACAUCGACAUCGACCCGACCUCGCGCCAAUGGGCCAGCGCUCAUACCUUUCCCGCCCUGGCGUCCGACUCGCUUUCGCCCUUGCACUCGCGCCUCGGCACGUCGACGUCCAAGCCCCCUGCCUUCGAGCGUGAUGACUCUGCCCGCGCAGCGCCGACCUCUUCAUCCCACGCCUCCUCCACCGCACCGGCCCCGACCGCAAGCCAGCAGCGCCGCACCGCGUCGCAGGGCAUCCAAGACACCCACAGUGAUCCCAGCAGCGUGGCCAGCAUCCUCCGACGCGACAGGGCUCGCUCCUGGUCUACCCAGGCCGGCGCCGGAUUCACUCCCGCCGGCACGCCGCCCAGUCGACCUCCUUCGCCCCACGGCUGCGACAGCCUCGAGAGGCAGCAGCAGCAGCAGGAUGGCGCGUCAGCUGAAGAGGCCUGGUACGGCGGGCCCAGGAGCGACCGGGCCAGCGAGGCCUCCAGCUCGACAGCGACAGCGGCAGCGGCAGCGGCAGCUACCCAUUCCCACCUUGCCAACGGCAGCAACCGGCGUCGAGUGCACCGUUCGCGUGCAUCCUCGUCGGCCUCGAUACCCGCCGCCGACGCGAUCGACCCGGCCUCUCACCACCACCAUCACCACCACGACCCUUCUCGCGCCUCCACUUCCAACGGGCGCCCUGCGCCGACUCGCUCCCGUCCGGCAAGACCGCACUCGCGCGGCCACGAUGCGGCCCCUCCCUCGAGCGGCGAGGCAAGCCAAUCGCAGCGGCGACCCGGUCCGGGCCGGAGGAGUACCAGCACAGCGACGAGCGGCAGCGGCGCCAGCGAGACCCACGACCUCGAAACAUCGCGCAACCGGUCGAGCCCCCAUCUCCCCGCGCUGUCGAGCCUCUCGAUGACGGCCGACAGAUCUUACGCCCCUUACUCGCGCACAACACCCUCGUCGCCUCUGCUGUCGGCGAAUGCAGCGCUCGGACAUGCGCCUACCAGCCCGGGCGCCUAUGCGCGCCUGCCCGACGGCUCCCUCACGCCAAUCGACUGGGCCUAUGGCAUGCAAGGGUCGCUGCCGGCCUCACCCGUCCUGUCGCGGCACGGCUCCGGGUUCAUCGACCCGCUCCUCUCCUCGUCGGCCGCCAGCAUCCACUCGCACCACGGCCAGUACCACCACCUCCAUAGCCACGCAGCGCUCUCCUCGCCGUCCUACUUCCCGCCGCUGUCGGCCGGUCCCAGUCCGCACAUGGGCCCUAUGGACCCCGCCGCCGUCGCUGCCGCUGAGAUGGCGCAGCGUGCCGCCCAGCUCAUCGGUCUGCACCAGCUCUUCGCCAGCCGCAGCACACCGCACCUGCCCCACUUUGACACCGAGAUGGUCGAUGCCGCGGCUUCCGCGGGUGCUGGCAUGGACGAGGGCGACGCGCCGCCACCGCCUUAUGCGCCUCGCGCCUCCGAAACCGAGCAGGAGCUGCAGCGGAGCUUCGCUGGCGCACCCGCACCCAUCACCGGCGCACCCGCACCCAUCACCGGCGCACCCGCGGCGCCGCAACGGCCGGCUUCUGCGAUGGCCGCAUCCUCGGCUGCGGCUGCGGCGUCGUCGUCGUCGGGCUUUCCCGGCUCGCCGGACCCUCCCCUGCCGCCCCCCAUCGCCAUCCCGAUCCCGCAGCAAAGGCCACCUAGGCGACAUUCGAGGAACGCGCUUUCGCCGGGCAUCUCUGCGUUGAGUCCGGCGGGCGAGCACCGCAGCGUACCCGCGUCGCCUUCGGCCUCGUUCCACGGCGGCCUCCGCGGACUGUCGAGCAUCUCGCCCUUGCCGCGAGGGCUUGGGCUGGCGCAGACAGCGGCGGACCAGGCGCACGGCUUCGGCGCCCGCUCGGGCGAGUUGAGCCCGGAUGCAAUCUUUGCCGCAAGCAGCAGCGACGACGACGACGGCCAGGGCGGCGAUCGCGACGGGCUCUCGUUUUCACCCUCGAUCUCGCGCGAGAGGAGGAGCGAGCGACGCAGUGCGGCGUCUAACGAGGCAGGCAGGUCUCGCGGCGGCGAGGCUGCCGUUGCCGCUGCUCCCGCCGCUGCAGUCGCGUCGAGUCCCACGCUGCCACGUCCUCGAUCGAGCUCCGGCGUCGUUUCAAGAAUGGCACGGCAGCAAUGCUCGGCUCAGAGCGAGCCGGCGCAGCAGGGCGAGGCGCCGGCUGCUGGGGGCGCGUUCAGCUAUGCACCGGCUGGAACCGCGGGCCGACGCAGCGGCACACGGUCCAGCGGCCACUCGAGGCGAUCUUCGCUCCAUCUUCAAGGUCGGCCUAGCGUCGAAGCUUCGAUCUGGCCGCAGCAGCAACAACAACAGUUCCACAUUCGGCCAGGUCUGCCGACGGUAGACUCGGAUGCCUCGAGCGCAGCAGGGGCCUCGAGCCGCGAUGCGCGUCGUUCCGAUGCCGGCACCAGCGAUCCCGACAUGGCGCCGCGCUCGGAGCCCGAUGGCGACGACGCCGGCGCCCUGGACCAGCGCAGCCUCUCGCCGACUCCGUCCGACUUUGAGCAGCUGUCGCGCGAGCUCGCCGGCCUGGCCGAGGCGGACGGGGGCUUCGAUGCCCUCGCCCCUGGCCGAGUGCGACACUCGCAGCAGGCUUACGCCGUCUCUGCCGACGACGAGGAAGAGAUCCCGCUGGUGCUGCGGGUCCUGCUGCAUCCGCUGCGGUGGCUGGCCGUGGUGCCGGGCUGCCUGGGCACCUUUUGGCUGGCGAGGAACGCCUACCUGCUUGCCACCCAGGACGACCGGCUGUACAGCAGCUACGCUGCCGUCGGCGCCGCGGUGCGCCAGCCGGGGGCGCUCGACUUUGCCGUGUCGAGCCUGUGGAGCGUCUUUACGGCCUACUAUGCGCUGUCGUUUACGACGCUGCUGCUGCGUCGCUGGCUGCUCUACUACUCGGUGCUGCCCUCGCUGAUCCGGCUGCUGGCGCUGCAGGCCAUCUGCUGGCCGCUGGUGCGCAUCACCGUGCACGUCUUUGGCAUCCGGCAGCCGCUGGGCGCGUGGGCCGUCAUUGGCACCACGACGGCGCUGAGCGACAUUGUGGCGCGCUGGGUGACGAGCAACAUUGCCGACGCCGUGCUCGAGGGCGAUGUCGACGCCGACGACACCGAGGACGAGGAGGGCGGCGAGGCUGGCGGCAGCAGCGGCGGCGGCAUCGGCGGCGUCGGCGGUAAGGGUACCUGGGACGGCGGCAGGAGCGACGAGGGCGAGACGGCCGACGACGACGACUACUUCAUCGACCAGUUUGGCCAGGCGCGGCUGCGGCCGCCGCAGUGGCAAAAGUACCGCCAGCGCUUGAGGCGGCAGCAGGCUGCGACGAGCGACCUCGACGUCAGGUCGGGCGACGAGAGCGACGCCACCGUGGUGCGCUUUGGCAGCGGCGGCGGUGGGGGCGGACAGCGGCUCGGCAAGUCGAGGCGAAGGAGGAAGGGAGGCCAGGGCACGCGCUUCUGGCGAGCCGUCAUUGGCGGACCGACCAACCGGCACAAGCAGCAGCAACAACAGCAAAGGGCGCGGCAGGAUCAGCAGGCAGAGCCGUCGGACCGGCCGGAAGGUGGCGAGCCGGGCUCGUCGUCGGCCGCAGGGCCUCGGGACUAUGCCUCUGGCACCGAGACAGAGUGGGACGGAGGCGGCGAGAGCGACUGGCCCGCGACCGACGUCGAUCGCGAGGGCGCGACCACGACCACAUCGGCGCUGACGCGCCACCGGGCCGAGAUGGAUCGACGCCGCGAGUUCCACUGGGACGUGGCGAUGCGUCGCAAUAUUGUGCCCAUCGCCGCGCUCGGGUACUUGAGCAUGUGGAUCCUCAUCCUCGACGCCAUGCGACUCGGUCGUGCCGGCUGA